AUACAGAACGAUUAGUUGGUAAAUCAGCCAUUUUCAAAACCACCCUGCUAGCCACCGCUUAAUAGUGAACUCUUGGGGUUUUCAUUGAGGUUUGCUAGACAGCUCAAACUAAGUAACUGUUCCUUCUUGACAUCCCGUGCGCGCGCCUCUGUUUUACGCGCAACAAGACCAGUAAAGAGAAAGUGAGCCGUAUCAUGUCUUAAAUUGAAUAACUCAAGGUGAAGAAAUCGGAGAAGGUUAAUAUAUAUUUUAUUGAGGAUUUAUGAGUCUCAGACUCGGAGCUCUGGCUGUCUGCACGGAGAUGGGCGCCCCUUCGCUCUCCGUACAGUUGGAGAGGAUACAAACAGACCGGUCAACUUUUAUCUUUCAACUGAUGGAUCACGCCAUGGCAUCUAUUGUGUUCUCCUUUGUGAGAGUCUAAAAGAUCCAUCAUCGAGCCCGUCUCCCAUGUCACCGGGACAUCUCCAUGACGAUGUUUAGCGGCGCAGAGCGGUUCUGGAAUGAGUCGGACUUCCUGUCGGAGGAGCAGGGGAACGGCAGCGCGGCGGGGGCGGGGGGGGAGGCCGAGCUGAACUACUACGCUAUGCUGUACUCGCUGCUCAUCCUGGCCAUCGUGUUCGGGAACGUGCUGGUGUGCCUGGCCGUGCUGCGGGAGCGCUCCCUCCAGACCACCACCAACUACCUGGUGGUGAGCCUGGCCGUGGCUGACCUGCUGGUGGCCUCGCUGGUCAUGCCCUGGGCCGUCUACCUGGAGGUGGUCGGUGGGGCCUGGCUCUUCAGCAGGCUGUAUUGCAACAUCUUUGUCACCCUGGACGUGAUGAUGUGCACUGCCAGCAUCCACCUGUGUGCUAUCAGCAUCGACAGGUACACUGCGGUGACGAUGCCGGUGCUGUACAACACCACCCACAUCAGAAAGAGGGUGUCCGUCAUGAUCGCCACGGUGUGGAUCCUGGCCUUCGCAGUGUCCUGCCCCCUGCUGUUUGGCUUCAACACUACAGGUGAGACACGACACCGGUCUGCAGAUGAUACUCAGAAGGAAAAACAAGACCUGUCCCCCAUCAGGCUCAAAGUGGAGUGCAUGGAGCCCGUCGCCCCGCCGAAGCCCUUCCUCCUGGCCACGUGUCUGAGACGCAAGCGGCCACGUACCGGCCCGGUGGAGAACUCCCUACUGCCCCCGCUGGACACCCAGAACUACUGCAGCAUCAGCCACGCCUCCUGCGGCCCCACAGAGCAGGAAGGGGAGCGGCCCGGGGAGGAGGGGGAGGAGGGCGAGGAGAGCGAGGCCAGGCAGGAGGAGAGACCUCCGGUCCGGCGAAGCUUCGAGGUCAAGGAACUGUCCAAUGGUCGCACCCACACCGCUCUCAAGCCCCUCCCACUCUCCCGCUCCAACCAACCACGUUGCAGGAGCAUGCACACCAGGGAGAAGAAGGCUACAAAGAUGCUGGCCAUUGUUCUUGGGGUGUUCCUAAUCUGUUGGCUCCCCUUCUUCGUGACUCACAUCCUGAACACCCACUGCAGGACGUGCUACGUGCCUCCAGAGCUCUACAGCGCCUUCACCUGGCUGGGCUACGUCAACAGCGCCCUCAACCCUGUCAUCUACACCACCUUCAACAUUGAGUUCCGACGAGCUUUCAUCAAGAUCCUCAGCUGCUGAGUGGCCAGGACUCCUGUCCGUCACUCUGGCCACGCCCCUUUGUCCCUCAGGCCUGGGGAGCGCUCCAGAGCCCAGGCCCACACAGACACGGGGACGUGCCGACUGUUGGGGUGUGAAUGACCCGGGACAGCG